GUAUGAGCUUACAGAAAAGUUAUAUAUGUCUGUUUAUAAUGCGUGGGAGUCCUUCAUGUAUCAGUGGAUCGAAGCAGAUUUUGUUUUGUAUUGAUCCAGAAUCAACACACUGAGUGAAUGUGAAUGCCUCCAGUCUCUCUCUCUUCUCACAAUAAGAGUCUGAGAUCUGACUGACUGGAGGAUGAGGAGGAUGAAGAUGGAUCUGUCUGUCCAUCUCAGGUGUUAACUCACUGAUUAUGUGCUGUUCUUCAGUUCAAACUCAAUCUACAGCUCUGAGAUCGAUUAUCAUCCACUGAUCCAAUCUGCAGCUCUGCGUGCGAUUACUGGCGCUCCCGACCAAUCACAGGCUCCGCUGAGACACACGUCACAGCAUGAUCGGAAACGCAGCGGAACAACGGAAACGGUCUGGCUGUGCGGGGAAUUUAAAUCUGCGAGAGAGUUUUAUGCUAGCCCUGUGUAAUCCUCAUCUGUUUGCUUGGCGAGUCAUUCAGCGGAUGUUUGUGUGUUCAACUCGAGUGUGAAGCAGCGACGACAUGUCAACCAAGAGUCUGGCGAAAGAGCUGGGUCUGAUCAGGAAGCGCAGUCAUUCGUCUGGAGCCCAUCAGCGUCCCUCUGUCCGCAAGCAGCGCUUCUCUUUCCUGAUCAUCAUUGACUUUGAGUCCACCUGCUGGAGAGAGAAGAGCAGCCGUGGUCAGGAGAUCAUUGAGUUUCCGGCCGUCCUGCUGAACGUGUCGAACGGAGAAGUGGAGUCAGAGUUCCACUCGUACGUCCAGCCGCAGGAGCAUCCUGUACUGUCAGGCUUCUGCACGGAGCUCACGGGCAUCACACAGGACCAGGUGGACUCCGCCCCUCCCCUCCACAUCUGUCUGUCCAGAUUCACUCGCUGGCUGCACGCUCUCCAGCAGGAGAGGGGCGUGGUCUUUGAGAUGGACAGCACAGGCCCCGCCCCCUCUGGACACCCCUGUGCAUUUGUCACAUGGUCAGACUGGGAUCUGGGAGUCUGUCUGCUGUACGAGUGCAAACGGAAGCAGCUGAGCGUUCCUGAAGCUCUGAAGAGCUGGAUCGACCUGCGAGCCACAUACAGGCUCUUCUAUAACAGGAAGCCCAAAGGUCUGAGAGGAGCUCUGCUGGACCUCGGCAUCCAGUUCACAGGAAGAGAGCACUCAGGUCUGGUGGACGCGAGGAACACGGCUCUGCUGGCCUGCAGGAUGAUGACCGACGGCUGUCUGCUGACCCUGACCAAGUCUCUGAGGGGGGCGCUGGUGAAGUGCAGAGCGUCGCGUGGAAGCGUCUCUGGUGAGCGUCCCUCAGCGCUGUGUGAGCAGCAGACGAGUGUGUGUCGAUCGCUCGUGUCCCCGCGCACACUCCUCUCCAGCACAAACACUCCAGACCAGUCCAGACCGCUCGCCAGCCUCAGCACACUGGCCGGCCUCUCAGACACGACCUACGACCCCGACACUGCAGACGCCUGCUGGAGGGACGGAGUCCUGCUGACCGAGGGGGAGGAGCCUGGCUCUUAUGAUGAUGUGGUCAUGGGGGCGGAGCCUGAGGAGACUGAUCCCGCAGGAGCCAGCGAAUCCACGUCAGACCACCACAGACCUGUCAGACCAGCGUCCAGCUCCUCUUCCAGACCGCUCCCUCACACUGACCCGUACGCACCGCUCUCACGCUUCUUAGGACGCAGCGGCGCAUCGUUCAGCGUUUACACAGACCCGCCCGGCCGGGUGUCGAGGGUCACGUCUCCUCUGUGCGGCUGCGGCCGGAGGGCCAGGCGUCUGACGGUGGGGAACGGAGGGCCGAACCACGGACGGGUGUUCUACUGCUGUCCCGUCAGACGACAGAGCUGCGGCGCGCCACAGAAGGGCUGCGACUUCUUCAAAUGGGAGUCUGCAGUAAUCCAGUCCAGCAGACAGAAGCAGAUCAGAGCACCCCAGACCUGCAGAUCUAGACCCCUCCGGUGAACACAGGGCUCUAGAUCUGAACAAACCUCUUGAACUAUUCAUUUAUUAUCAAAAAAAACAAACUCUUUUUAAAUAUUUUUAUAAAUUCUGUCAGGGAUAUUUGCAACCUUUAACCUUAACUACAUUUCUGCGUCCAGUCUUUCUGUUUUUGGGAGAGGAUGAAGUGAUGUUCCUCACUAGAGGACUCAGAAGAGCACACCGUGAUCAUCACAUACAGAGAACACUACAGCUGUCUUUAUUCUGCAUCACUGCAUCAUGAUGACAAACUCAUGUCUGUCUGAUUUUAACUAGCCUGUAAUAUAAUAUUUAUAAUAAAUCCCUUUGGAAAACA